AUGUCUGGCCAUGCCACCCUUGAUUCUAUCCGAGCUGUGAAAGCCGCAGCAUUUGGCCUUACUGCUAAUGCCAAGUACGCCAUGUGGGGAUACUCAGGCGGUGCCUUGGCAAGUGAAUGGGCUGCAGAACUCCAACUUCAGUAUGCACCAGAACUGAAAUUUAGUGGCGCUGCAUUGGGUGGCCUUACACCAAAUGUCACCUCUGUUAUGUUGGCAGUUUCAGGAAAGCCCGCUGCCGGAUUGAUCCCUCUGGCAAUGCUGGGCCUGACAAGUCAAUUUCCCGAGGCUGAGAGAUAUUUGCUUUCCAGACUUAAGAAGCAGGGUGCCUUCAAUAGGGACGGAUUUCUGAAAGCACGAAACUACUCCAGUGUGCAAGCUGUUGCUGCGUUUGCCAAUCAAGACAUAGCGGACUAUUUUAUUGGUGGCUUUUCCGAUAUCAUGGCGCCGCCAAUUAAGUCUGUUACAACAAGUGACGGCCAGAUGGGAUACCAUGGUGUUCCCCAGAUGCCCCUGUAUGUCUACAAGGCGGUGCACGACGAAGUGAGCCCUACUGUUGAUACAGAUUCUUUGGUCAGCAAGUACUGCAAGAUCAAUGUGGCGAUUACCUAUGUUCGAAACCCUCUGGGUGGGCAUUUUGAUGAAUGGACAGCAGGUGUGCCUGGAGCUAUGGACUUUCUCCAAGCUAUUUUAACAGGAACCUACGACAACACUGGGUGCAAGAUCAUUGAAAUUGCAUCAAGUUCUGGCUAA